AGGCUGCUAACAUGGCAGAGAAGCCUGUGCUCCACUACUUCAACGCCCGGGGUAAGAUGGAGUCUAUCCGCUGGCUCCUGGCUGCCGCUGGGGUGGAGUUUGAAGAAGAGUUUAUAGCAUCUCCUGAAGACAUGGCAAAGUUAAAAACUGAUGAGCGAUUCAUGUUCCAGCAGGUGCCCAUGGUGGAGAUGGACGGCAUGAAGCUGGUGCAGUCCAGAGCCAUUCUCAACUACAUCGCCACCAAAUACAACCUCUACGGGAAAGACGCAAAGGAGAGAGUCCUGAUUGAUAUGUAUACAGAAGGCAUGACAGAUUUGAACGAAAUGUUUAUUCUUCUGCCAAUGGCUUCUAAGGAAGAAAAACCUGACAAGAUUGCUACAAUAAAAGACAAGACAAAGAAUCGCUACUUGCCUGCCUUUGAAAAAGUGUUGAAGAGCCACGGGCAAGACUACCUGGUCGGCAACAGGCUGAGCAGGGCUGACAUCCUCAUGGUGGAACUUCUCUACUACAUUGAGGAGCUGGACGCCAGCCUUCUGGAUGGCUUCCCUCUGCUGCAGGCCUUGAAGACCAGGAUCAGCAACCUCCCCAACGUGAAGAAGUUCCUGCAGCCCGGCAGCCAGAGAAAGCCUCCCCUUGAUGAGAAAGUUCUAGAAGAAGCAAGGAAGACCUUCAAAUUGUAAUAAAGAUGACAUUGG